UGGCAGCUUGAGAGCCCCCACCCCCAUUCUGGUCCCAGAUCUGCGACAAGCUGUCGGGCAAGGCACUUCCCACAUGUGGGCCCCAUUUUCCUUUCCCCGUGAAAUUGCAGGCAGGAUGGCAUGAUCUGGGUGAUCCCUUUCAACCCUGACAGUGGCAACUCCAGGAUGAACCUCGGGGUUGGGAGGGCUUGAUCCUCUCUCUGUUCUCCAGCUCCUCCCUAAUUCCCACUCCAGCCUGAAGCCUCCUUCCCUGGGACUGACAGCUAGGACAGCCGGGGCUAUUUAUGAAACUGGCUAUGCCUGGAAGAAGGAGCUCCCCUCCCCACUGGGGACACCGUCUGGCGGGCCUGCCUUUGGCCCCUGCCUGCCGGGUCUGGGGGUCCCGAUCGGGCCCAGCCUGGGAGCCGACCCGGCCGUCGUCGCCUCUAUUGUGCCGUGACAUGGCCCUGCAGAAUGCCCUGUACACCGGAGACCUGGCGAGGUUGCAGGAGCUGUUUCCCCCGCACAGCACAGCCGACUUGCUGCUGGAGCGCCGGGCCGCCGAGCCUCGCUGGAGCAGUCACCAGAGGGGACUCUGGUCUCUGACGUACGAAGAGGAACUGACCACGCCACUGCACGUGGCAGCUAGCCGGGGCCACACAGAAGUGCUGCGGCUGCUGCUGAGGCGGCGGGCCAGGCCUGACCACGCCCCGGGGGGCCGCACCGCCCUGCACGAGGCCUGUGCUGCGGGCCACGCUGCCUGUGCCCACGUGCUGCUCGUGGCAGGAGCCGACCCCAACAUCCCCGACCAGGAUGGAAAACUCCCCUUGCACCUCUGCCAGGGGGCUGGCACCCUUGAGUGUGCGGAACUGCUCCUGAGGUUUGGGGCGAAAGUGGAUGGUCGGUCUGAGGAGGAGGAGGAGACCCCUUUGCACGUGGCCGCCCGGCUGGGCCACGUGGAACUGGCGGCACUACUCCUGAGACGGGGGGCCUGCCCGAACGCCCGGAACGCCGAAGGCCGGACCCCGCUGCUGGCCGUCUGUGACAUCCGCUGCACAUCCCCCACCGAUGCCGAGGCCACCACCGCCCGCUGCCGCCGGCUGUGCCACCUGCUGCUCUCAGCCGGAGCCGAGGCCGAUGCUGCUGACCAGGACACGCGCCGGCCCCUGCACCUGGCCUGUCGCCGCGGCCACUCGGCCGUCGUGGAGCUGCUCCUGUCCUGCGGCGCCAGUGCCAACGCCAUGGACUACGGGGGACACACGCCCCUGCACUGCGCUCUGCAGGGCCCAGCUGCGGCCUUGGCUCAGAGCCCAGAGCACACAGUGCAGGCUCUACUCAACCACGGUGCCGUCCGCGUCUGGCCUGGGGCCCUCCCCAAGGUGCUGGAGCGCUGGUGCACGUCUCCAAGGACCAUCGAGGUCCUGAUGAACACCUACAGUGUCGUGCAGCUUUCCGAGGAGGCCAUGGCCCUGGUGCCUCCCGAAACUCUGGAGAAGCACCACCGUUUCUAUUCGUCCCUUUUCGCCUUGGUGAAACAGCCCAGAUCACUGCAGCAUCUGAGCCGCUGUGCGCUCCGUGCUCACCUGGCAGCCUGCCUGCCCCACGCCCUCCCCCGCCUCCCCCUGCCACCCCGCCUGCUCCGCUACCUGCAGCUGGAUUUCGAGGACGUGCUUUACUAGGUGUCUGCUGCCUUUUGAGAGACCUGAAAGCAGAUGCCCCAGGCCCCAGGGGGCUCUGGUCUGCUUCUCACAGCACCCCGAGCCUGGGGCCGAGUUGAGCUGAUUCAGGCCGAGGUGGCCGUUUCAGCAGGAGAUGUGCGUGCUGUCAUUCCCACCAGGGAGAGAGGCAGACAGACCAUGCAGCCAGGGGUCGUCUGAUGGAGAGAGAGCCUGGACUCAUGGCAGGUGAUAGACUCGUCUUGGUGAUCUCCUGAGGCACCCCUCCAGCCCAUCCA